UGCCGCUGAGGUGUGUGGAUGUGAGGUGGAGAGCGUGCUAGGAAUCCUUCGGUGGACUGUAUAGUAAGGUGAAGGUGCGGAUAAGAAAUCCUUCAAAUAAUGAACAUAAUACUUGGGAAUGACUAUAUUUCCUUGUGUUGUAUCGUUUGAACCUGGAGAAGAUUUUGCUACAUGCGAUUUUAGGACGUACGUAUGGAGUUGCCGUAACAGUGACGACAUUUAUAUAUAUGUGAAAGAAACAGCUUUUAUGCAAGUUACACCAGACUCAAUGCAAGACGUAGCUCGGGUUUCUUGUGAAGGAGCGCAGAGGAGAGCGAAUCCCGAUGCUGAUUUUACUCCACACGUUUUGGUAUCUACAGCAUGUCACCCUCCUUCCCUUCAUCUCUUCCGGGGCCUGCAUACCUGACAUCUUAGGAUGGAUUGGAAUGCUUCAGGCUCCCGUCCUCCUUUCCCCUUCAGCAGCAGCCGGACGAGGGUCUACAUGGCUCGACAAAUACAUCAGGUGUUGGGGCCUCUCAUUUCAUCUGUUUUCAAGCUCUCCAGUGAAAAUUUCUCCGGGAUUUUACUUCUUGGAUCCCACAAGUGCUGGUGAAAUCCUGAGUUCUUCCACCACGUCUGUUCAUUCUGAUGGCUGGUAGCCGUGCUGUUGACGAGAUGGAAUAGUCUUGCUCUAGUGUGUGUGUGUGUGUGUGUGUGUGUGUGUCUGGCUUUCAUGAUGAACUUCGUAUGAGGGGAUGCAUAAUUCCGCCAGUGUGUUGCUGUUAGUCGUGAAUUCGGUUAUGAAAAACAGCUCAGAUAUCGUGUCUGUUUGGUGCAAGCCUUCAGGAUUCGGCUGCGUGUGUUGCUGUGAUAAUUUCGUGUUGCUGAAUCUCCGUAUCUUGAUGUUAUGAAGAUUUUUUGGGUAUUCAGGCAGAGAACAAAUCUUAGAAAACAACGUGACGGUUUCAUUCUUGCAAAUCAUGAAACGCCUGCUUCGUAAUAGGAUGAUAAAUAUGUACAUGUUGUUAAUAUUCCUUUAGCUUACUAGAAAAAAAAUACUCAUAAUCUCAUAAUUUUGGAAAAUCCAUUUCUUUCAGUACUCUUUUGGGACUGGACUCUUUAAUGAUCCUUUUUAUCAUUCAUUGUUGCCCUAAACCAGUGAUCCUGUUUCAUAAAAAAUAAAUAAAUAAAAAUACACAUUACAUUUACGUAUAUUCCAUUGUACCUUCAAUUCAAUGCUAUAAGUUGUGCAGUGUUGACAGGCUUGAUGAGAUGUUGCUGUGUACCGUCCUGGGGCAUCACAGCGCGGGAGCAGUGCGGAGUCCUUGCAACGGGGAAGCCAAAUUUGUGUUCUCUGUUCCAGAUGAGGUCUCCUUAACGAGCUGUAAAGUGCAAUAACAACGACGGUGAAGAGCAGAUGGAGGAGGAUACGGAGGUCGACGGAGGAGGAGAAGGAGGGUAUGGAGGAGGAGGAGGAAGAAGA